AUGGCUUCCAGGGUCCCCGCCACCUGGGAUGACUACGAACGCGGCGCCUCGCCACGCUCCGUGAGCAUCGACUCCAACGCCGUCGCCGAGGACCAGUCGCUGCUCGACGACGGCGACCACGACGACCAGAACGACCAGAACGAUGACCACAGGGACAGCGAAACAGGGGGCCUGCGCCGCCGCCGUCGCCGCUCUUCUGUGACGCGACACCUCUCCGCCGUUGCCGACCUGGGAGGCGUCAACAGCAUACGUUCCUUCACCCGCAGCUGGGCCCGUGCCGCCGGCUUCGCAGAGGUCAUCCCCCAGCGCCCCUCGUUCAUCUUCGCCCCCGACCAGGCCCCCUUGGCCGCCCCCUCGACCGACGGCCUCGACUAUGGCCUCGACUAUGGCCUCGACUACGGCCGCAGCCACGUCGACGCCAGCUCGUCCCACCCACGCACCUCACUGCUGCGCCAACAUCUCGAGGCCCAGUCCCCCAGCAGCGGCAUCCUCGGCGAGGGCGCCGCCUCCCACUUUGACGCCCUCACCGGCGAGGGCGCCCCUCUGCUCGCCGCCACCACCGGCAGCCACCGCUCGUCCUCGCGGGAUCCCGAGCGCAAGCACGCCGUCGACCACAUCGACCACCACCACCGCGCCAGCUUCAGCAGCAGCACCCGCCGCGCCUCCAUCUUCGCCGUCCCUCCCCACCUCGCGACCCCGCCCCUCGUCGGCAGCUACAGCUCCUACCGCACCUAUGGCACCCUGCCCGACGUCGACGCCCCCUCCAUGGCCGAGGCCGGCGAUCUCUGGCGCCAGCAGCAGGCCGACGCCGCCGACCUGCCCGCCGGCGAGCACCUGCCCAUCCUCGUCAAGGAGGUCGAGCAGGACGGCAAGAUUGUCCUGGCUGUCGAGGGGCAGUCGACCCUGCCGCAGACCAUCUUCAACUCGAUCAAUGUCCUCAUCGGCGUCGGCCUCCUCAGCCUGCCCCUCGGCAUCAAGUACGCCGGCUGGGUGUGCGGCAUGACCAUCCUCCUGCUCUCCGCCGCCGUCACCUCGUACACCGCCAAGCUCCUCGCCAAGUGCAUGGACCUCGACGCCAGCCUCAUCACCUUUUCCGACCUCGCCUACAUCUCCUACGGCCGCAACGCCCGCAUCGCCACGAGCCUCCUCUUCACCAUGGAGCUCCUCGCCGCCUGCGUCGCCCUCUUUGUGCUGUUCGCCGACACCCUCGUCCUGCUGUUCCCCGGCGUCCUGACCCUGACCAUGUGGAAGCUCGUCUGCGCCCUGCUGCUGAUCCCCCUGAACUUUCUGCCGCUGCGCCUGCUGAGCUUUACGAGCGUCAUUGGCAUCAUGUGCUGCUUCUCCAUCGUGUCCAUCGUCGUCAUCGACGGCCUCAUCAAGCAGGAAACGCCGGGCUCGCUUAUCGAGCCCGCCCGCACCUACCUGUUCCCCGCCAACUGGCUCACCCUGCCGCUGUCCUUCGGCCUGCUCAUGUCGCCGUGGGGCGGCCACAGCGUCUUCCCCAACUAUGCCCUCGACGCUGUCACGGCCGUCGUCGGCCUCCUCAUGUUCGGAGACGGCGUCCUCGACGAGAUUACGGCCAACAUCCUCAAGACGAGCGGCUACCCCCGAGCCCUGACCGUCCUGCUCUGCGUCUUCAUCGCCAUCAUCCCCCUCACCAAGAUCCCCCUCAACGGCCGCCCCAUCAUCGCCACCGUCGAGGUCCUCGCCGGCCUCCACCACCACGCCAUGGCCGACAGCGACGGCCUCGUCGGCCGCUCCGCCACCUUCCGCGGCCUCCUGCGCAUCUUCAUCCGCGUCGCCACCAUUCUCGUCUUCCUCGUCAUCUCCAUCCUCUUCCCCUCCUUCGACAGCAUCAUGGCCUUUAUGGGCAGCGCCCUCUGCUUCACCAUUUGCGUCAUCCUGCCCGUCGCCUUUUACCUCAAGCUCUUCGGCAAGGAAAUCUCCGCCCGAGAAAGACUCCUCUGCUACGUCAUCAUGGCCGUCUCCACCACCCUGUCCUUCGUCGGAACCGUAUGGGCCUUUUUGCCCAAGGACCUCAUAGGCGCCGCGUGAACGGUGGCUGUCAUUCUUUCAAAACAGGAAAAGAACAAAAAGGAAUAAGACGAGGAGGGAUGUGCCAGCCAGGAGAAGCAUCGCAGGUGAGGAAAUGCGCCCUAGGGGGCGGGAGGGGCCUCCGUUUUUGCAUCAUCGGCGUCCCAUGCAUAUACACGGAUACAUCAACCUGAAUUUACAAGUGCCUUGGCACUCAUGCAU